AUGAUGGGCCCGCUCUUCCGCGAAGGCGGCCCAGCCGUGGAAGUGCUCGACAAAGCCGACUAUCCCUACGUGUUCGACGCCCUCCAAGAGACCAAAUCCACGGCGGCGUUCAUAUCGGGCGCCAAAAUGACACUCCCGUUGGGCUUCGAGCGCAAAGACCGCCGCCUGUGGGAAGAGAUUACGAUACCGGCGCCGCCGCCACCGCCCGACACCGUUAUCGCCGACUAUAAGCUGAUAGACGUGGAAGCGUUGGACGCGUUCGGGAGGGCGGCCUUCAAAGGGGUCAAACAGUUGAACCGAAUCCAGUCGAUAGUGUUCAAGACGGCCGACACCACCAACGAGAAUAUGCUCAUCUGCGCGCCCACCGGCGCCGGUAAGACCAACGUUGCGAUGCUCACAAUCGUGGCUCAGAUCCGGGCCAACUCACCCACCGGUUCCAUCAAUGACAUCCAUUUGGAUCAGUUUAAGAUCGUAUACAUCGCGCCCAUGAAAGCAUUGGCCGCCGAAAUGACCGAGAAUUUUGGCAAACGUUUGGCGCCCUUUGGUAUGCGUGUCCGCGAACUCACGGGCGAUAUGCAACUCAGCAAAUCCGAGAUAAUGGCCACUCAAAUGCUGGUCACGACCCCAGAGAAGUGGGAUGUGGUGACCCGCAAAGCCAAGGGUGACGUACAGCUGCUCCAAUUGGUACGGCUGGUGAUCAUAGACGAGGUGCACCUCUUGCAGUCGGACAGGGGUCCGGUGCUCGAGGCGCUGGUCGCCCGAACCAAGCGGUACAUCGAGUCGGCGCAGAUGAUGAUCCGUAUGGUGGGUCUGUCGGCGACGCUUCCCAACUAUCGAGAUGUGGCCGAAUUCUUGCGCGUGAAUCCCAGGGCCGGACUCUUCAUGUUUGACAACCGGUUCCGUCCGGUGCCGCUCACCCAGACAUUCAUCGGUUGCAAAGCCACUCAGACUAUGCAACAGAUGCGCGAUAUGGACGACGUUUGCUACGAGAAAGUGCGGGAAGAGGUGUCGAAAGGGCAUCAGGUGAUGGUCUUCGUUCACGCGCGCAACGCCACGUACCGGACGGCCACUAAUCUGCUGGACAGGGCCCGCAAGUCGGAGUCGAUGUCGGUGUUUAAGUGCGAGACCGAUAAGAUGGUCGACAGCGCACGAGAGAUACGCCGCGCCCGCCAUAAGGGCCUCCAGGAGUUGUUUGAGGCCGGCUUUGCCAUACAUCACGCGGGAAUGUUACGGAUGGACAGGAAUCUGGUCGAGAAGCUGUUCCGCGCCGGCGUUAUACGCGUGUUGGUCUGCACGGCGACACUCGCCUGGGGUGUCAAUCUGCCCGCCCAUUCCGUGGUGAUCAAAGGGACCGAAAUGUACGACUCAUCGCACGGCAACUUCGUGGACAUCUCGAUGCUGGACGUGAUGCAGAUCUUCGGCCGCGCCGGUCGUCCCCAGUACGACACGGAAGGUCACGGCACGAUCAUCACCGCCCAUAACAAACUCCGCCACUACUUGUCGCUGUUGACCAAUCAGUUCCCGAUUGAGUCGCAGUUUAAGAAGUACUUGACCGACAAUAUG